AUGACGUCGAUGAUAGCUAAUAGGGCUAACAAACCGACAAUAGACAGAGAAACCGAAAAUAAAUGCAACAAGGUUGACGAAGCUGCAAGCAAACAAGAUGAAAAGAUAACGUUAGCAAGCCCAUCCUGGUUGGAAAAGACUGCUAAUAGUUAUAGAGCUUCACUACACAACGAACAAUUGGGACAUAACCCUCGAAUAGAUAGCAUAAAGUUAAUGCAAGUUACAAGCGAACAAGAUGAAGCGAUAGCAUUAGUAAUCCCGUCCAUUUUGGAAAGGACUACUAACCAUGUCCAAGGUUCGCCAUCCAGCAACCUAUCAAAAGAGGAACCAGAAAUAGAUUGGACAAAUUUGAUGCAAGCUGUAAGCAAACAUGAUGAAAAGAUAACAUUAGUAACCCCAUCCUGGUUAGAAAGGACGGCUAACAAUUCCGCCGAUUUGCCACCGAAUGAACAAUCAGAAGAGAAAGCUGAAAUAAAUGAGAUCGGGUUGAUGCAAGAUGCUAGGAAAGAAGAAGAUAAAAUGAUAACAUUGGGACCUCCAUCCUGGUUGAGAAAGAAGACUACUAACCAUUCCAGAGGUUCACCACAGACCGAACAAUCCAAGGAGAAACCUGAAAUGAAUGCGACAAAGUUUAUAAAUGCUACAAGCAAGCAAGAUACAGUGAUAACAUCAGAGAUAAAAAGGGCCGCUAACAAUUCUGAAGGUUCGCAACCAACCGAAAAAUCAAAAGAGAAACCCUAUAUAAAUGCGGUUUAUUUUACGGGACCUGCAAGGAAAGAAGAUAAAACGAUAACAUCAGGACCUCCAUCCCGAUGGAGAAAGAAGACUGCCAACAAUUCCAAAGGUUGGUCACGGAUCAAACAAUCAAAAGAAAAACCUUAA